CAGAUUUGAAAAUGGAAGAUGAAUUUUGUUUUCAUAACAGAAACGUGAUGCUGAAAUAGUGAAAAUCAUGAUGGAAGAACAGGAGAGAGUAAUAAAGGAAGAGAGUGCUGCAGAAGAGAGACGGAAUAAAGUAAAAACACAGUAUUAUAUUGACUUAGAGAAACAACUUGAAGAACAAGAGAGAAAAAAGCAGGAAGCUUAUGAGCAGUUGCUGAAAGAGAAACUCAUGAUUGAUGAAAUCGUUAGGAAAAUCUAUGAAGAAGAUCAAUUAGAAAGACAACAAAAGUUAGAAAAAAAGAAUGCAACUCGAAGGUAUAUAGAAGAGUUUCAGAAAGAGCAGGCUCUCUGGAGAGAAAAGAAACGUGAGGAAAUGGAAGAAGAGAACAGAAAAAUCAUAGAGUUUGCCAACUUGCAGCAACAAAGAGAAGAAGAUCGGAUGGCAAAAGUUCAGGAAAAUGAAGAAAAAAGACUACAGCUUCAGAAUAUGCUGAUUGAGAAAUUGGGACAAAUGCUGCAGCAACGUGACGAUUUAGAACAAGUGCGACAAGAAUUAUACCAGGAAGAACAAGCUGAAAUACAAAAGAGGAAACUAAAAGUAAGUUGGAAAUUGAAAGAAUGAUUAACAUAGAGAAUAAUAUCAUUUUGAAUU